GAAAAACUGAAACUCAGUUUCAGUUUUUUGUAUACUGUGUCAGUGUUCAGUGGAUAGAGCAUCUAACAAGUAGUAGAAUAUGUAUGAGAUGGAUCAACCAUUACCAGGGUGGCUGAAAAUAUUGAAAACAAUAUUUCAAAAUGGCCCAAUUGCAUCAAAUGUUUUGUUUGCACUUGUUAUGAUGGCCGUCGAAAAGUUAGUGGAGCUGGAAUUUGAGUGCCCCUGUCAAGGGCCAUACUUGAAUGGUGGUUUUGUUGCUACAUUCUUCAUCAUUCCUGGAGGUUUGGCCUAUGUACUGAUGGCUUUAUUGCAAGGACAGAAGUUCUCAUGUGACACAGACAAUAAAGAGACAAUCUUGCGCCGAUCUAUCCCUGCAUUUUUGUGGACAAUCCUGCUGCUCUUCAAUGGCAGCUACAUUACUUGUGCAAUGACUGAUUGGUCAGGCAAGUAUGUAGCUGUUGACACAGCUGCCCCACUGAAAUGGUGUGAACCAGAAAAUGGUACCUUAUAUCAGGACAGACUGAAGAAAUCUCAGGACUGGUACGUUUACUCUCAGUGGGCUGGAAUUGCCUUUAUCGUGGUCUUGAUCUUACUGAUCAUAAAAUACAUCCUGACAGAGCAACCCAGUUCUCUUGCACAAAAUGAGAGUCACCAAGUUCCCCCAGGCCAAACAGAUCAACCCAUUUGCUCAGGCUCAGCUGUCACGCUCACUCUUCUCCGUACCAACACCACUGACACCAACACCACUGAUACUUGAAGAAGAAUAGGAUCUGCAUCUGUCCGCCCUGCUUUUUCUUUUCUUAUUUUUUCUGUUUGAUUAAAAAAAUGCAAAGUUUGUAUGUGUGUUCACCAGUCUUUUCAUCCUACAAGUUAACAAACUUUCGAUACCUUUCAAAGUUUGUGCUUUUUUAAAAAAAACUGUUGUGGUUGAAUUCCUUUGCCAAGUUUAAGUUAAUUCAAGAACCUGGGAACAAACCAGGACAAAAAAGGGCACCUGAAAGCAACGCUUAGAAAUGGAGAGGAGAACAGUAAGAAAAUAGGCUGUUGACUCUUCUUGCAUGACUGGUGAAAGAUUUUUAAACAGUUGCUAAAUAUUUGUUUUGUGUAUUUACAACACAACAUACAGUGGGGCAAAAAAGUAUUUAGUCAGCCACCGAUUGUGCAAGUUCCC